UGUCUACAGUCCACUGGCAAAACCAAGAACAGAACUUCAAAGUUCUCAAUAAUUUUUUAAAUUCGCCGGAAACCACCACAUGCGGCAAAUUUUUCCGGCUAUGACGGCGGCGAAGCCUCCACAGCCACAGUCUGCCAUUGCCGUCUGCUCCCUACAAGGAUCGCUCCUUACUCUGGCCAUCCUAACCCUAAUCUCCUUCACAUAUAUUUCUUUCAGCUCCCUCCACUUCCCUCUUCAAUACACUUCGAACGCUUCUCAGGUGGUUCCAGUGAACAAUUUGGAGGAGUUGUCGGAUAUAUAUCACUUUCCGGAGAUAUUUAGGCUCAAUUAUGCAGAGAUGGAGAAGAAUUUCAAAGUGUAUAUAUACCCCGACGGAGAUCCGAAUACGUAUUACCAGACGCCGAGGAAGCUCACUGGGAAGUACGCGAGUGAGGGCUAUUUCUUUCAGAACAUUAGAGAGGGUCGGUUUCGUACGGACGAUCCAGAUCAGGCUCACCUAUUCUUCAUUCCGAUCUCGUGCCAUAAGAUGAGAGGGAAGGGCACAUCCUAUGAAAACAUGACUGUAAUUGUCGAAAACUAUGUGGAGAGUUUGAUAUCCAAGUAUCCUUAUUGGAAUAGAACAUUGGGUGCAGAUCACUUUUUUGUCACUUGUCAUGAUGUUGGUGUAAGGGCAACUGAAGGACAUCAACUUCUUGUGAAGAAUUCAAUUCGAGUUGUGUGCUCCCCAAGCUAUGACGUUGGAUUUAUUCCACACAAAGAUGUUGCUCUUCCUCAAGUAUUGCAGCCAUUUGCACUUCCAGCUGGAGGAAAUGAUGUAGAGAACAGGACGACUCUGGGUUUUUGGGCCGGUCAUAGGAACUCUAAAAUUAGAGUUAUACUGGCACGUGUAUGGGAGAAUGACACAGAACUUGAUAUUUCAAACAACAGAAUAAACAGGGCUACUGGACAUCUGGUAUAUCAAAAGAGAUUUUACAGGACUAAGUUCUGCAUAUGUCCUGGUGGUUCCCAAGUAAAUAGUGCUCGGAUAACAGAUUCAAUCCAUUACGGAUGUAUUCCUGUAAUACUGUCUAACUAUUAUGAUCUGCCAUUCAAUGACAUUCUUAAUUGGGGAAAGUUCUCUGUCGUACUCAAAGAGAAUGAUGUGUACAGGCUAAAGCAAAUUCUCAAGGACAUACCUCAUGCAGAAUUCGUUGCUUUGCACAACAAUCUAGUUAAGGUCCAGAAGCACUUCCAGUGGAAUUCACCGCCCAUCAAAUAUGAUGCUUUCCAUAUGGUCAUGUACGACCUCUGGUUGCGCCGCCAUGUGAUCAAGUACUAACUGCAAAUGCAUAGAAGUUCCUAGUUGUCUUUUUGGUAUCCUGAAUGGUUGCUUGCUAGCAAUCUGAAAGUUUGUAAAUUAUCAGCACACAGUUUUUAUAUUAUUCCCACUGCAUGUCUAAAUGGGAGAUUUAAUCUAGAGACUAGAGAGAGUCCUUCCAUUUUUUGUUGUUCAAAGUUCCUGGAUUGUUCUUUUUGUAUCCAUCACUGAACUUUGGCUUCUUGAUUCAUACACGACGAAAGAAAGUUUCUUGUA